AUGAAAGAUAAGCGUAAGCGAAGGUCUGUGCCGAAAAAGGUGGAAAAAGAAUUGGAAUUAGAAAAUGAAGAAGUAGAAGAUGAAGAAGAAUUGAAUCAUAAAGAAGUAGAAGAUGAAGAGGAAUUGAAUCAUGAAGAAGUAGAAGAUGAAGAGGAAUUGAAUCAUGAAGAAAUGGACGAUGCAGAAAUAUCUGAAGGUGGUCAGACUAUGCAAGCUGAUGAAGAGUUAGACAAUGAAGAAGAAUAUGAAGAUGAAGCUGCACAAGAACGCAAAGCUGUAGCUAAAAAAACUGCGGUUUUGUACUUUUCACAUAUACCAGAAGGGUUCAGCCCAGGUAGGAUGAAGUCUUAUUUCGAAAAAUAUGCUCCUAAUGCUGUUGGUCGUGUAUACUUAGCAAGAAAUAAGCGUGUCACGCAUAAACAUUUGUACACAGAAGGAUGGAUUGAAAUCAAGAAGAAGAGAUUGGCUAAGAGAUUGGCCGAGAUGCUCAACGGAAGAGAAGUAGGAGGGAGACGUGCAGACCCUGUAAGCUCUGUUAUUUGGAAUGUGAUGUAUCUGAGCGGUUUCAAAUGGUUCCAUCUAGUCGAACAGUUGAACUAUGAGAAGAAUGUCGAAGACAAGAGAUUGCAAACUGAGAUUGCUCAAAUCCGUAAAAUCAGCUCUGCCUACGAAGAAAAUGUUGAAAAGGGUAUGAACUUGAAGAAGCUUGAAGAGAGGGUUUUGAAACAAGGAGGAAAAUGGGAGCAAUAUAAACGACAGUUCGAACAGAGGAGUGGCAAAAAGAAGGAGAGGAACAAUGACGAAGUGGAAACUAAGGAUGUCAUGAAGAUGAUUUUCGGUUGA